AUGAUCAGAUCCGUUUUUCGUUUUCUGGGCAGCGCCGUUUCCAGACUCUUUCCGUGCAUCGGCGGAAGACGUCAGGACUCUGCCUGGCCGGAGGUCGAACUCAUGAAUGUAAGACACCUCCCCCCCCCUCUUAACAUCCCACGUCCAUCGACCAUCCAUUCCAGAAGGAGAAGAAGCGAUUCUCCCUGAUCCGUGCCCAAUAUAUCAACCUCAUGCAAGAGCUGAUGUCAAGCUCCCACCCUUUCGAGAAGGCGUUGGCGUUCAAAUAUCACCGGGAAGCCCACCAGAUCAUCUACUCCGCGAGCAUUCGCAUUGACGACUACUACGAGCUGGAGGUUAGCAGUUUGUGCCUCGUGAAGAAAGAAACGGUUUUUUAUUCCACGUCGGCAUACGUACCGCGCUCUCUCGAUCGAUCGCAUGCUUUUGUGCGGCGCUGAACUGCACUCCCAGCUGUUCCCGGUCACUUGUCUAUUUUGACUUUACAGGAGUGUCGCCUCACCCUCGUCGCCAUCAUCCGUCAGAUAGAGUGGGAAAUCCAGGCUUUUUCGCAAUAACCCUCUCGGUCAUUUCGCUUUUUUUCGUUUCCCGUAUCUUUAUUUCUCCAAUUUGCUGUUUAACAUUUCCCCCUUCCAUUUAUGCAUCCGUCUCUCUAUCUUUCUCUUUCUCUCUCUUUGACACGAAAUGAAACUGCAUAAACAAAAACCACCGUCAAUCGACCCAUUAUUGUGUUCUCUUUGCUCUCCUUAUCACGCGCUGUAUGUCCGCGCCCAACGGACGAGUGCCAGCCACAAAAAGAAUUAUUCCGUUUAGCCCACCGACACAUCGAUCGACCGCCGCUCGCGCCACAGUGCCACGAUGUUCGGCGCUCGCGUUCUCGACUUUUUCCGUCGCCGUAACCGUUCGCCUGACUGGCUCGGCCGAAUGAUCGCCAAGGAGCGGGAGGACUACAACAAGGCGGAAAAGAAAGCUCUGAAGAAGCUCAACGAGCUGGACAAAAUGGUAAUAUCCGAUGGUUUUCAGGGAAAUCCACACUAUUUGUUUUUUUUGUAGGUCAAAAGACAGCCAAACCGCAGUCGCUACAACUUUGAGGACGAGAUCAGAGACAUCCGUGACGUCGUUGAGUCGAUUGGAAAAGACAAGGGAACGCUCCGUUUCCAUCACUUGCAGGUAAUCAAUACACAACCGAUACGAUGACUUAUCCCUCCUCCAAAUCCAAGUGUUUCAUCACUCUAAUCGUUCAGUUUCAGGGAAGAACUAACGAGCUCCUUCACUGCGUCGAAGAGAUGGAAACCAUCGAGAAGAACAUGAAGGAGUCGUCGCUCUCGUACACCGCUUGGGUCCGUCAGUCCUGGACCAACUUCCGCAAGGAUCGUCGUUGCAAGCGCGAGUCGAGACGUCGCCGCCGCGAGUUUCUUCGCCAGAUCGACGGCCCGCUCCCAAGACCGAUCACCAUCUACUAA